AAUUUAGAAAUUAUAAACCUAUAUAUGGAGCAUUUUUUUUUAAUAGGCGCGACAAUCUUAAUUAAAAGGAUUGUCUCUAUCCAUCCAUCAAAUUCUUCCUGAUAAUGGCGAGUGUUGCAAGUCGAAAUCCUUUCGACCUCCUAGGUGAGAGUACAGAUCCUGAGGCCGUUGCUAAAGAAGUGGAACAAUCAAAGGAACAACCUGUUGUUAUUCCGAAAAAAGUUGACAGGUCUCGUGCAUCUCCCAAAGAGGCCAGAAUUCGUCACGAGUAUCCUCAAAGAGGUGGACACAAGCCUUCUGCUUCAAACAGAAAUAAUGAAGAUACGAGAUCUGGAGCUCCUCGUGAUCGAAAUGUAGGUCCUCGUCUUUCCCGUCGUGAAGAAGGUGGUGGAGGCGGUGGAGGCGGUGAUUAUCAUCCUACAAGAACCCCACGCGGUGCUCGUCCAAGUGAUCGUAGUCGUGGAGGUGGUCGUGGCGGCGGCGGCGGCGGCCGACGUCGUGAAUAUGAUAGGCAUAGCGGAACAGGAAGACAUGAUAGUGAAAAGAAAGAAAAUCAAGGGUGGGGUAAACCCACCGAAACACCUUGGGAUAAUAAUACUGCAACUGAAAAUCCUAGUUGGAAUGCAGAACCCAGUGAUGCUAAUGCCUCUUCCUCUUGGGGUGAUAAUGCUAAUGAUGCCAAUGCUGGUAAUUGGGGUGAUAACAAAACCACCGAAGAAAAUAAUGAUUGGAGUGCAGGUGUUGCUGUUCCUGAAGAAAGUAAUACUACUACUAAUGAUAGUUGGAACAACUCCGCUGAAAAAACUGAAAAUAGUAGUUGGGAGCAACAACCUGAAACCAAUGAUGCUUGGAAUGGAGAUGAAGCUGCGAAAAAUGAAGAUACUGCUGCCAAUGAAUCGACUCCAGCUCCUGAACCUGAAGAAAAUCAAAAGACUCUUGACGAAUACCGUGCCGAGAAAGCCCAAAAGUUAUUAGAUAUUACUCUUCCGGAAGCUAGAAAACCUAAUGAAGGAGUUGAUGAUUCUCAGUGGAAAGACGCCGUCCCUCUUGAAAAGGACGAAGAAGAUGAUUUUCUUUUUACUGGGAAAGAACAAUCUUAUCGCCUCAAGAACAAGAAGAAUAAGUCUAAAAAUUUUGUAGAAAUUACGCAAACAUUCGAGAGACAUGGAGGAGGUGCCCCACGCGGACGUGGUCGUGGACGUGGUGGCCGUGGUGGCGGUAGAGGAGGUGGAGGUGAUGGACGCGAUCGUCGCGAAAAUAAUUAUGAUGAUCGUGAUAAUCGUCGUCGUGGAGGUGGCGGCGGCGGACGUAGCGGCGUCGUCAACCUUGAUGAUCAAAGUGCUUUUCCAAGUCUCGGUGCUUCCUAAUUUGUAAAAAAUUUAAGGAAUAUCAAGACGAGGAAAUCUUAAAAUGAACAUUAUUUUAAAAAAUUAAAUGUGACAAUAUAUUCUUUUUUUAUUCAUUAUAUAUAUAUUUUAUCUUUGUGUUAGUUGAUUUUCAAGGCUUUCAUACGGGAUGUGCAUAUAUAUUUUUUUUUUUACUUACUACCUCCUUCUCAUUUAAUAUAAGGGAAAAAGAAACAAUAAUGUUAAAUAAUUACUAAUAACACAAAAGUAAUUGUAUUAAUUAUAACAGACCAUAGUUGCAAGAAAAAAAAAAUUAGUUGAAUAGUAAAUUAUUUAAAUUUUAUUAUACAUACGUAUUUUUUACAGGUUUGUGCAUUUUUUUUUUUCUUUAUAAGAAGGAAAAGGAGGUUUGUAAAAACUUUAAUCUAUCAAAAAUGCACAUUUUUUUAUUUCAUUUUUUCUUUUGAUGUAAAUAUGUUGAAAUAAUAUAUAAUAUUUGUUAUUAU